ACACACACACACACACACACACACACACACACACACACACACACGCACACAUCCCUACAUAUACACUCACCCAUAUCACACCACCAUGUCCACCACCACCACCACCGCCCUCGCCCCCACGCCCCCAGCUGCACCCCCCACGACCCCUACACGGAGAUAGAGGAUUAUCUGCGACAGGCUCAGGAGGAAAUCAGCGCUGUUUUUGGCGAUGCUGAGGUAACCCCGGUCAUCCGCCCACACCCACGCCCAUCCCCACGCCCAUCUCCACCAGACAGGGCAGGAACCCCACCCAAGUCCCGCCUUAUUCGACGCCAGAGCUGUGCACCGCCCGCACCGCCUCGCCGACGCACUCCCAGUCUCAGAAAGCCACGUCGUGCCUCGGCCCCCAGCCUGCCACACGCCCACGAUGGCGCCGCGCCGCCCAGGCUGCCCCGCACCGAUCCACACCUACAGGAGUGGUCGCGUAGCCUGCUAAGAGACUUCCAGCGGCUGGUGGAUCAAGAGCUGCGUGCCCUCGGUGGAGCAGCUUCCGAGGCCACCAACGGGAUCGUAGACGCCUCCGCUCCAGACGGAGGCGCUGAAGAAGAAAAAUCUGAGCACGAAAGUGGAGACGAGGAGGCGUGGGGCAGGGAUGAGAGCCUGACGGAACGGCCAGAGAGGCGGGCCGCUGCCCAAGACAUGGGCGCCACACAGAGCAAUGAACGCGGGUCUCCGUGGGCUGGAGACGCCAAGACCUACACGCUGCCGCGGACAGGCGGCCGCCGUAGUGUGAGCGUGAGUGGCGCGGCGGACGUGGUGUACCGCACCUCCACGGGCCACCCUGACGCCCCGGACCCAGGAUGUCGCCUGCUGCGGGUCAAUCCACGAUUGUCCCGCUCACACUCCCUGGACGAGGUGUGUCCCCUCACCCCCUGGGCCAUGCACCACCUGGCCCUCAUCGACGCCGCCCACGCCACCAAGACUCACACGUCUACCCACACCAGCAGCGACAAGGCCAGAGAAUCCACAGCAAUGAAAGUCAACAUUCUUGAGGCGCCACCUUCUGCCCCCGUCUCUCGAGCAAUGCGGUCCGGAAUUCCGAGGAAGACAGGCCGCCCAGAAAUGUUCAACGAACAGUGGCGCCCACCGACGAAUGGCUGGCAGGAACCGCCUUCUCCCAUGGGGCCACCGCCUCCCAGCCCGGCAAUACCAAUCUUCACCUCCGGAGUGUCUGCAUUCACGCCUGAAGACCUGCAGAAAGGCGCGUGUGAGUCGUGGGCGUGGGCAGACCAGGAUGAUGCCUGCAGCUUGACAGAUCGCCCAUGUGACUCAUUGGAGUGUGCGCACUGCCGGGCAAAGGUUGGCAACAAACUCCCCGCGCCGCCACGCCUGGAGGUGGAGCCCUACCAUCCUGACGACAGUCUGUCUGAUGACCCGACGCAAGAGAACGAGGAACGACACCGUCAGGAGCGGCGCAGUGAACCCGCCUUGGCAGGCACCACCGUUCCAGAGCCUGUGGACAGUCGCCGCCACACUCUGCCUGUUCCUCGGACGGGCGGGGUGUCGCGGCUCACAGUUCCGCCACCAGUGUUUUCUGCCUUCGUGGGAGACUCUGCCACCUGCGGACGAACUGGAGGUAGAACUAGAAGAAAAGACCAUCACCGAAGCACUAUCCCUGCCACCCGUACCCUCAGCACCCCUGCCCCAAACAGCCCCACCUCCUCCCACUCCCUCAACUCGUCCCUCUCAUCGCUGUCGCACAUCAGCGUGCACCGCGACCACUCAGAGUGUGACUCGUGGCCAUCGUCCCCUGCUGCCGAUCCCGUUCGCUGCACCGAGUUGUCUUACCUUCCUGGCUUUACACCUUCCCCCGUUCCUCCCUUGCUGCCCUCCCCUCUCUCAAGCCCCAACUGUGCCACAGCGAGAGCCAGCCAACCGGCGGCUGUGCCUGAACCACCGCCUCCCAUCACAGGCACGCUGCACGUGGAGCCGCCCAGCCCUCAAGGGACUGCCGGUGACAUAGUCUUCUCUGUCACAAUCCCACCCACGCCCCGCAGCUCCAAAGAAAUUGCCCACGUGGGCGCAUCAGAGAAGAAACCGAAGAACAGUAGCAGCGCAGUCCAUACUUUCAAUGCCCCUGACGACGUGCCCGACGCGCCGAGGACCCUCGCCACGAAGCACCCUGCCGUGAACGGCCUGGACUGCACUUCUGCCCCUGUAGAGGCGAGCCGGAAGCCGAUACCACGACGGCCCGCGGCGCCAACCAGACAGCGUAGCUUCUCCCUGGAUGAGAGCCGGGCGGCGUCUCGACCACGCCCGCAGACUCAAAGCACUCAGAUACAAACGAUCCCUGCGGAACCCAUAGACGACUUCCUUCGGGCGGUGGAAUCUCGUAUCCCUCGGAACAGCCUUCCAACCUCCCCUCCCCCGCCUAUCCCUCUUGUUUCACCGGCCUCCACGCCCGCCUCCACGCCCUCCACCCAUGACGGUCCCUCCCCGCCCACUGUUGUGCUGGACGCCUUCACCCAGACCUCUCCUGCCCCCUCGCCGCCCUCCGCCUCCCGUGCCUCCUCCGACGCCUUCCUUAGCGAGUGUGGCUGUGACGACCACACCUCCCUCGAACCCUGUCCCUCCUCACUCGCCCUCACAGUCUCGGAAGACGAUUACGAAGAAGAUGACGACGAGGACGACGACGACUGGUCAGCAGACGAAUCGGUGUCGUCGUCUUCCCCGCCGCACACGCCCGCCUCGCUGCCUCACGAUGACUCCUCGCUGUCGCUGUCCGAGUCACUGGACACGCUGGGGCUGAACGGAGAGUCAGGCAUCGGAACUGUAUCCACGCGGCCUUCCGACAGCCCGCGACCCAUUCCAGCCCUCGACCUCUCAGGCUCCAACCUCUCCUCUGAAGACACGGGCCUCGAGAACAGCUUCGAACGGCAAAUUCGCCGCUACAUUCCUGCUCCCAGCUCCGGAGGCCGCACCAGUGGCGAAGUGUACAGACGGCGGCGACCCCGACCCCGCGCCCCAGAACAGUGGGUGCGACGCGAAAACCAGACCACGCAGACCGACCCUGAGCCGCCAGCAACCGCCCGCAGCCCUCAGGAUGACGUCCGCGAGUAUGGCGAGCACCUUGCCCGCGGACGUGGGCGUGAGGUCCGCGUGGUGCGGCACACCCACAGUGAACCGCGUUUGGACACCUCCCUCACGCCUCUCGCUGGCCUCUUAAGGGACGUGUGUAGCGAGGCCGCCUUGCCGCCCCUGCCCUCACACUCCCCGCGCCCAUCCCUCACGCCCUCCGUCCCUAUCCUGCCCACCCUGACGGAGGACAAGCCGCCCAUCGCGCCCAACACCAGGAUCUGCCGCCCGCGCCACCUCUCCCUCUCCUCGUCACCUCACCACCACCACAACACUGCUCGCUCAGCCCCCACCCUGGAGACACGGUGGUUGCCGCCCGCCGCCCUCACGCCCGCCACCACGCCCUCGGAGGAUUCGUCGGGAGAGGCACCGAUGCUGUCGACGAGAGCUCAAUCUUCCAAAGAACUAGCAGAGUUGGAAGCACUGGAGGCGUGCAAGUGGCUGAGGGCUGCAGGCUUCCCCCAGUAUGCGCAGAUGUACGAAGAGCUACAGUUCCCCCUGGAUUUGGUGUCAGUGGAGAGGGAUCACUCCUUCCUCGAGCGAGACUCCCUACAGGCUCUCUUCAGGAGGCUCACGGCUCUCAACCGCUGCGCCCGGAUUAGACUCGACUCAGCCAGAAAGAGCAAGGCGGAGGAGAGUGACGAUGACGAUGACUUGGUGGCGAUCUCAGACAACUGGCUAUUCCAGCGACCGUCCCGCCGCUGGUCCAGGGUGGUCCAGGAACGAUCUCCGCGCUCAGGUGGCGGUGGAGAGUCGCAGGGGCUCGAGGUGCCGGACGAGGCUUUGCUGUCUCAGUUCAAGCGCUCGGGAUCGGAGAGACUGAAGGACGGAGCCAAGGCGUUACUCAGAAGGAUGGAAUCACUCAAGAACAAGAAGAAGAAAAGACACAGGGAUGGCGUAGUAAUAAUCAGCAGUCCUAAGCUGGUGGAUGAGGCAGGGAUGCGGGAGAGGGUGGGUCACCUAGGUUGUGUUGACCUUCCCACUGAGGCCUCCCCUAUGUUGACCUCCCACUCCACUACUACCACCUCCCCGACAUCCACCCCUGCUGCUGCUGCCUCCACCACCAUCACCACCAUCCCAGCCACUGCCACCACCACCAUCACUACCACCAACACAACCAGAGAGCUGAUGGGAGAGGACUCCUCAGACCAUUCCCAGGGCUCCACACCUCUGUCCCGAGCCCGCCGCCGCCGCAGGUUGCCACGCCGGGGAGCUGGUGGGACAGAAGCAGGAGGCGGCAGUGGGGCUCACAGUGACUCUGAGUAUUCACCACAGACUUGGCGACAUCACUACCUCACGGAUGCAAACUCCAACACCAUGGCUUCUCCAGCCCCAACGUCAUCAUCCCCGAAGCACCAGCGGGGCAGCCGGGGCAAUGGUUCCAGGUCGGGGCAGGUGAGACACACAGGCUCACUUAACUAUGGGAAAGACUCGCAGAGUGCCAGGGAACACUUCUUGGCCAGUAUUCGAGGAGGUGUAGACAAGGCCAGUGGAGAAGAUCAGGCAUCACCUCCCCCAAGCCCCAGUGAGGAUCGGCACUCUGUGUAUGACAACGUGCCACUCAUCAUCUGUAACAAGGUGUACCACGACUAUCAACCUGAAGGCCUGGAUUCUGAGACCAGUGUUCCUGAGGGGUCCGGGAGCAGUGAGAGCAGAGACUCCCCAUUACCUUCUACCCACGACGAUGAAGACAAUGAUGACUCCACCUCUCGUGGCAGAGCCACUGUGGAACGAUGGCAUAGUUUUAACAGGAGAUCCUACCAACCUGUCGCCCGCCAGCUGGGCACUCAGAUCAAUGGAUUUAGCUCAGGGCAGAUGCUUCACUUGCGUAAGAGAGCACUUCUAAGACUAACAGCAUUGAUGGAACGUUACUGCCCCAGCAACCGCAGUGGCUGGAACUGGGAACUGCCUAAGUUUAUGCGUAAAACGAAGACACCAGACUACAGGGAGCGGCAAGUGUUUGGAGUGCCUCUGCAGGUGGUGGCCCAGCGCACUGGCCAGCCCCUCCCUCCAGGCAUCCAGGCAGCACUUCAGUACUUGAGGGCCACCAGCCUUGACCAGGUUGGCAUUUUCCGCAAGCCUGGAGUUCGCUCUCGCAUCCAGAAGCUCCGGGAGUUGCAUGAGGAGAGGGAAGACGUGAUCUACUCUUCCUUCAGCACCUGUGACAUUGCAGACAUGGUUAAGACAUACUUCAGGGAACUGCCAGAGGUCCUCCUAACCAACAAACUCUCUGAAAUGUUCAUUGCCAUAUUCCAGUAUCUACCUAAUGAGCACCGACUAGAGGCCUUGCAAUGUGCAGUGUUGAUGUUGCCUGAUGAAAAUAGAGAGGUGUUGAUGGCACUGCUAACCUUCCUUGCUGAUGUGGCUGCUAAUGCACCCCUCAAUCAGAUGACAGCAAGCAACCUGGCUGUGUGUCUGGCUCCAUCACUUUUCCACUUGAAUGUUGGUGGCUCAUCAGGUUCCAGUCCACUGCGGCGUCGGCCAGGCAGUGCACCAGAACAGAAGGACCUCCAUGAAAACAUGGCUGCCCACCAGUGCCUCAACCUUAUGAUCCUGCAGGUGAGCCAGCUUCAGUGUGUCCCAGUGGAAAUGCUUUCCAAUUGUCGCUUCACCUACCUGGAGCAGAGUCAGCCAGUCUGCUUAGAGGACCUUGGAAUGGGCUCCCCUGGAGGCCCCAGAAGUGAAGGCGACUGGAACUCCUACAUGAAUGCUUGCAUCAACUCACUCUUCAAGGAAGCCAGAGACAAAUCUCGAGGAUGGAUGACCAUGAACUGCAACGACUCAGAAGUGGAAGUGUUGUACCGCAAAGUUGGGGAUGGUCACCCUCUCAGGCUGUGGCGUGCUACCACAGAAGUGGAAGCACCACCUGCCGAACUGCUAAAUAGAGUUAUCAGAGAAAGACACCUGUGGGAUGACAGCUUGUUCAAGUGGCGGGUUGUGAGUCGCCUUGACCGUCAGUCUGAGGUGUUUCAGUACAUGUGUAACUCAAUGCCACCUCGGCCACCAGUUGACUACUGUGUACUCAGGCACUGGCGCAGUGACCUCACACGUGGCAGCUGUGUAGUAGUAGAGACCUCAGUGGAGCAUGUAGAUGCUCCAAUGCUUGUGGGAGGCGUGCGAGGCAUUGUCCUUGCCUCUCGCUACCUCAUUCAGCCCUGUGGCUCCGGGAAGUCCAGGAUUACCCACAUCUCCCGUGUGGACAUGAGAGGCAGGACCCCCGAGUGGUAUAACAAGAUCUAUGGUCAUGUGACUGCCACUCACCUGAAGCACAUCAGGCAGAGCUUCCAGCACCAUGCCAGCGGCCCUGAGAGCAAAGUUUAGACUGACCUGUGGGUGACAUCAUGUUGAUGUGGGAUACCAGGGCUUUCCUUAUUCAUAGUGAAGUGGACCAAGAACAGUGAUACACAAGAGCUUCCAUGUGAUCGCCUGACUGGCUAACAUGCAGAUGUUCCAGAGUGCUGAGCGAGUGGGUCUGGCCUGCUUGCCUGACAGCACCCAAACCCUUGUGGACCAGUGUACAUUCCUGUGUGAUAAGACCAUAGAUGUAUGUUUUUAUUUUAAAUGUGUAUAUAUAUACAUACAUAUAUAUAUAUAUAUAAACCCAAAUAUAUUGUGCAUUGUACACCAAGCCGACUCGCUCAUUUACCAGUUUCGUACCAAAGUGCCCCAUCUGUCUUCACCUGACAAUCACGGCACAAGUCUGAUGGUUUUGAUUCUCUAGGGCAAUGGUAGUGUUGAUCAGGAGCUGUGAUAUAAAAAGUAGCCAUGCUAUCUGUAAAGAACAAAGAGCAACAUUGGGAUAUCUAUUCAUUAUUUUCACAUGUAAUAGCACCUCUCUAUCAGCACUCAAUGAAAUUUAACACUAUAAAAUUGAAAGAUUAUAAGGUAAAAUCUAGAUUCUGAAAAUUUCUAUUAACACUACUGCCUUAAGGACUUCAAGAUCUAUUCUGACUGUGUGUGUGUGUGUGUGUGUGUGUGUGUGUGUGUGUGUGUGUGUGUGUGUGUGUGUGUGUGUAUGUAUGUAUGUAUGAGCCAGCAUGAUUGGAGCUGCGAUGCCUUGACACAGUGAAGGCCAGCAAGGCAAGGCAGGGCUGUAUGGGCCCAGUCAACCCUGUGACCCUGGAUCCUGGCUAGGCCUUCCUAUUUUUCUAUGUUAUCUAGUGAGAAAGACUGAGAGAAAAUAUAUAUUUUAUUGUAGUUAAGAGUCGAUUACUAUCCCGUUGGGUGAAAAGAAAAAUUAUUAGUGUUAAUGUUACCUCCUGGAGUGCAAACCACCCAUGGCACAGCCUUGCCUGGGAGUGGUGGUGCAUCCCUCUUUGUUGUCAUGAAAUGUGUUGAAAGUAAACAGUGUACUACUUAAUUAUCAUCAUCUUGAAAACUACAUAUGUGACCACAUCUGCAUAGUGUGGCUCAGGCCUUUUUUUUCUGUAUGUGUGUAUUAUAAACUUGAAAAUGUUAUUAAAUUAUCCUCUAAGCAUUUUUGGAGCUCACCAAGAACCAAAGUUUUAAGUCAUAAUAUCAUCAAAAUGCAAGUAACCAUUAUAGUGUGAGACUCAAGGUGCCAAGGAGUUGAAGCUCACAUGCCUAGUCUGUACAGAGUUUUGUAAUUUCGUGUGUAGCACGUCUCCCAAGGGCACGUGUCAAACGUUUUUUCUAUUGUAUUAUUACCUCUUUAACACAAUAACCUGCUUACAUACAGUUUUUUGUAUAUUGUUAUUGCCAUAGACCACCAGCCACCUAUGGGGCCGCCUGAUGGGCGACCUCAAUGCCUCUCUGUUGUACCUCCUGGUGCUGAAAUAUAUUAUCAUUAAUUUCA